UCAAUUAGCAAUAGAACACUUACCAAUUUCCUAAUUUGCCCUUCACUCAAUCAUCACUCAUUAUCCCCUUCAAAUGUCCGCAUCCCCCUCUAAAUUUCCCUUUCAAUCGUAGUUCAUCAUUCAUCAUCUUCCAUCACCUUUCUCUCUCCUCCUCCAUAGAUCUCCAUCAUAAACUAAACAGAAAACAGUAUAUAAAAUUUAAUCUCAAACCAACAAAAAAUGAGCUUCAGAAGACUCGAAAUCAUCGAUUAUCCAUCCCCAUUUCCCUUCUUCCCUUCAAAACCCAUCACUUUAAUCCCCUUUAACGAAGAUGACGUCGCUUUCCCUCUCUUCAACUCGUUCCAUGACUCAGUGUAUGACUCGGUCACCGAUCUUAUCCAGAUCGAAACAAAACUACCCAUCUCCUCCUCAGCCUCAUUCAAGCGAGUCAUCCACCGCGUUAACUCACCCUCGAUGUACCUGAACUCGCUUGCGGAUCGAGUCAGCGCACUCGAGUCAAAGUUUGACCUGUUAUUGCAAAUUAAGGAGAAAGAAGCAAGGUUGGAGAAGAUGAUGAGUGAGGUGGACAGGAAGUAUUCAUGGACGGCUGAGAUUAAAGGAGGAAGUGAUAAUUUGGAGAAGAAGUAUAAAUGGACGGCUGAGAUUGAAAGGGAUGACAUUAAGAAAGGGAAAAGGGGAGAGAGAAAAUAUCAGUGGAUUACUGAGCUUAAAGGGAAGAAAGAUGGUGAUGAGAAGAGGACUUACACGUGGAAGGCUACUAUUGGUGGUAAUGAUGGUAAGAAGAAGGAAAAUGAGAAAAAAGAAAAGAAAUGUGAGAAGAAAUCAUCUGGUACUAGGAUUGUUGAGAUUGAAGAACCCUCUUAUGAUCAUAAAGCUGUGGUUUUGCGUCAGGCUUUUGCAAAAAGAACUGACAACGGCAAAAAGAAGGAAAUAUCACCCGUAGAUGCAGCCGUUCUGAUCCAAUUGAGCUUCAAGGCUUACCUUAUUCGUCGUUCUAAGGCCCUUCGUGCACUUAGAGAGUUGGCUAUUGCAAAAACCAAGCUAAAGGAUCUCAGGGCAUUGUUCCACAACUUCUCCUACCGGAGUCGUGUUUCUCGUGAUGCUGAGGAACGUCAGAAGUUUUCAGAGAAAAUCAUUGUUCUUCUUCUCACUGUGGAUGCUAUCGAGGGAGCUGAUCUGAUGGUGAGAGCUGCCAAGAGAUCAAUGGUGGAUGAGCUAGAAGCAAUGCUCGAUGUGGUGGAUCCGCAGCCUGAUGGGAGAUCUCUUUCAUUGAGGCGAAGAACCUUCGACAUGCCUAGUGGAACCAUCCAAAAGGAAAUCGCUGAAAGUGUUGCUCAGGUCGUUCAAAUGCUUGACGAAGAAAAUGCAACCUUUGAAGCAUGCAUAUAAUUUAUUAGUAUGCUCAAUGAUAUCAAGUCAUUUAGUAUGUCGUACCUUUAAUUUAGGCUGUUUGAGCUUGCGGUAUGAAACAUUUUGUGUAGUCUGCGGCUAAGUUUUUAGGUGUAGCUUAGUUCGUCUUAGAAGUUUUUCUUGUACUGCUUUCGCCUUUCAGUUUGUCGUGCAGCCAUGAGGGUUCUGUUCUUGAAUGCUUUAAGCUAUGUUAUGUAAUAUGAAUUUGGUACCAUUGGUUUAUGCCAAGUCUUAAUAAUGAGCCAAACUUGAGCUUAGGUUCGC